UAUCACUCUUACGAUAUAUAUAUACACCUGAAACCUGAUACCUGACUGAAAUGCCGAGGAACGAAACAAAUUAAAUUAAACUAUUCUCUCUCUCUCUCUCUCUCGCUCGCUCGCUCGCUCGCUCGAUUAAGAGCCUGACGAUUCCAGUUGCAUUUCUCUGCGUUCUACGCGCGAUCGCUUCCGCCAUUAUUUGUCCUCAUUUUCCGUUUUUCGGGCCUGAUUUUGAGGUCCUCUCGGACUCGCCGUUGCAGAAUUUUCUAACAGGGUACUUGCAACACAUUGCAUUAGCAAAGAAGCCAAAACCAUCUAAACAGAGCCAACAAAGAUAAGUUUAUAAGAAGACAGAAAAGAAAGAUGGGUUUCUGGACACUUUUCCAAGUGGCUUCCAUGCCAGUAUUGCAGGUUCUCCUCAUUAGUAUUCUGGGGGCUUUCAUGGCAACCAACUACUGUAAUCUACUCAAUGCAGAUGCUCGGCGACACAUGAACAAGAUAGUGUUCAUCACCUUCACUCCAUCUCUCAUGUUUGCAUGUCUAGCUAAGACUGUCACAUUCCAAGACAUUAUUUCAUGGUGGUUUAUGCCAGUUAACAUUGGGCUAACCUUCUUAAUUGGAGGAAUUCUUGGAUGGAUUCUUGUAAAAAUACUGAAACCUGAGCCAUAUCUAGAAGGCUUGGUCAUUGCUACAUGUUCAGCAGGAAACUUGGGAAACCUUCUGUUGAUAGUCGUCCCUGCAAUAUGCAACGAAGAUGGUAGCCCAUUUGGUGAUCAUAAUGUGUGCGGCUCUGUUGGGCUGUCCUAUGCAUCUAUGUCUAUGGCGCUUGGAGGUUUCUUCAUCUGGUCAUACACUUACCAUCUUAUACGAACUUCGGGAAUAAAGUACAGAGCACUUCAAGCAGCUCAGUCAAUUCCGAAGGUACCAAACACAGAUCCAGAUGCCACUGGUGAAACCCACCUUCUCAAAACAGAUGAUCAAGAAAAAGCUGUAGUAGUACUAGUCCCACCAGCGAAGCCCGUUGAUGAGGAUACGGAGAAUAAAGUUGUUAUAGCAAUUGAGAGAGCAGGAGAAGGAAAGAUGGCACUCUGGGGAAAAGUAGAAGAGACUCUUCACCAGAUUCUGGAAGAGUUAAUGACACCUCCCACCAUUGCCGCAAUCUUGGGAUUCAUCUUCGGAGCAACGCCUUGGUUGAAGAAUCUUCUUAUCGGCGAAAGUGCUCCUCUGAGAGUAAUCCAGGACUCGAUCAAACUACUAGGGGAUGGCACAAUACCAUGCAUUACCCUGAUACUCGGGGGCAACCUCACCCAAGGUUUGCGCUCGGCAAGGCUAAAGCCGCUGGUCAUCCUUGGUGUCAUUUUUGUGCGGUAUGUGAUUCUCCCAACCAUCGGUAUCGGAGUAGUUAUAGCAGCUGGUAAACUUGGCUUGCUCCCCUCAGACCCACUGUUCGGAUACGUGCUAAUGGUUCAAUUUACUCUGCCACCAGCCAUGAAUAUCGGUACAAUGACACAGCUGUUUGAUGUGGGUCAAGAAGAAUGCUCAGUCCUUUACCUGUGGACCUACUUGGUUGCAGCACUCGCCCUUACAGUUUGGUCCACCGUCUACAUGUGGAUCCUGACUUGAAAAGCCGUCUAGGGUUCUUCUCUUCCAUCAAUUAAAUAUAUCCAUAUAAUAUUUUUCUAUAUUUAUACUUCUUUUUUUCUUGUUGCACUUUCUUUAUUUUUAUUUUUUUAUUAUUGUUGUCCAUUCCAGUCAUUGGAAAGUUGGCUAAGAGUUUUGUAUGCAUACUUAGUAGUGUUACCUUCAAUAUUUUUUUUAUUACAAGCAUCUGAAAUUCGGUUUGAAACAA